AUGACUGUCGACACAAUGGACUCAAGCAAGAGCAGCGGAGAUGAAUUCACUGUCAUUGUGACACCCACAGAUACUGAACCUCAACAUGAGGUGACAACAUCUGAGACAAAACCCCAAGACACCCAAACACAAGAAUCCAAGACUGAAGACAAGAAAACUGAAGAGACAAAGAUUGAAGAGUCCAAGUCAGAAGAAGAAGAAGAAAAGAAAGAAAAGAUCAUUGUCGGUCUCCUCACUGAGAGCAAAGACCUCUACGCCAAAUUCGACAAGAACGGAUCCAGAUCAUGGACUGACAAGUACCCAGACGAUCUCGAGGAGGCAGCAGAGAAUGAAGAGACCCAAAAAUAUGCGGUCAUCAUCCGCAAGGUAAAGCCCAAGGAGGCUGAUUCCAACAAGCCCCUUGAUAUCGACAGUAUCGUCGUUCAGUCUCCCUACCUCAAGCGCGUGCUCGGAAAGGUCUUUGAUGACUACCCCGGCAUUAUCACCGACGUCACCCGUCUAAAGUUCUCGGCUCCUUUCCACUGCUUCGUACACCGUUGGGAGCGAUUUACAGAGGCAAAGGAUGACGCUAGCUGGGAUGACACCACUCGGGAGCAUGUUACGCUGUUGCACAAAAUCUUGGAAGAGGAGCUGGGUGAGAUCAUCCAGCUCAGGAAAGAUUACUUCAAGAACCGCGCUGUCGCAUUUGAGCAUGUCUGGGCACUCUUUGCCCCUGGCUGCACGGUAUGGGGCUCCGUUAGAGGAAAGCCUGUCGCUGCUCGCUUCGACUCAGGAAACUAUGUCAAGACGCAAUGCGGCCUAGUGUACAGCAUGAACUGCAAAGGCAUCGACUGGGAUGGAAGGGGCAUGGGCUGGACGGACGUGAGCAUGCAGAUCAGAGACUUUACCGGCACAGUCCCAUUCGCCAACCUCUCCUGCUACCCUCUCGAAUUCCACUCUAAGCCUGAAGCCGCACGAGAACUACUCCUCCAGCGCGGACGCAAGUUCGAAAGUCUUGCAGGCUAUCACUACAAGGCGUACAGUGGAACUGCCAUCUGGCAUAUAUCCUCAACCAAGUCUCGGCAGGAGAACGUCAACUCCCGUAUUGUGAUUGAUGGAGCCAACUGGGAGAAACUGAACCCUGAUCAUAUGGUUUGGUUGAACUACAUAUGGGACAGCCAAGAAACUGCGAAUGACUCUGCCGAUAGUGAUGAUGAAGAUAAUGGCAAUGACAACUACUCAGAUGCCAGCUCUGAGGCAGGGAAACCUGAUGUUGUCGCCGGCUUCUCCUUGGCCUUGACGGAGGAUCAGCUCAUCAUGACAUCCCCUAUCGUGCGAGGUUAUGCUCUCAAGAACAAGCGAUGGAUGGAGUUCUACAUUGACGAGGUGACAGAAGUCAAGUUCAACGACCAGGCUUUCGACUCUCUUGUUCUUCCCCAGGAUCAGAAGGAGCUUAUUCUCGCUUUCGCUCAGAGUCAAGUCAAGUUCAAGAACGUCUUUGACGACAUCAUCUCUGGCAAAGGCAAGGGCAUCAUCAUGCUUCUGUCGGGUGGCCCCGGUAUCGGUAAGACACUGACUGCAGAAUCGGUGGCAGAGGAGAUGAAGGUUCCUCUGUACAUCAUGAGCGCGGGUGAUCUCGGUAGCGACGCGUACGAUAUCGAGGAGAAUCUAAACCGUAUUCUCGAGAUGGUCGCCAACUGGAACGCUGUUCUCCUUCUCGACGAGUGUGAUGUCUUCCUCGAGGCUCGGUCAGCGCACGACAUCGAGCGCAACCGCAUUGUGUCCAUCUUCCUCCGCACACUAGAAUACUAUGAGGGAAUCCUCUUCCUCACUACCAACCGUGUCAAGGACAUGGAUCAAGCCUUCCAGAGCCGAAUUCACAUGUCGCUCGAGUAUCCUGCUCUUGACGCCACAGCACGCGAGUCUGUCUGGCGAGGAUUCCUGAGCCGUGCCAUUAGUUUGCACGCUACUAUGGAAGGCGACUCGGCGCAUAAUAUUACGGAGGAUGAAAUUAAGGCUCUGGCUGGGCUGGACCUGAACGGACGACAGAUCAAGAAUGUGCUCAAGACGGCAAACUUGCUGGCUUGCCACAAAGAGGAGAAGUUGGCAUUCAAGCACUUGCGGAUUGUUUUACGUGUCGAGGGACAUUCGUUGUAA